UGGGAAAAAACAGAAGAAAUUAAUCAAUUAAAAACCCUUGAAAAACCCAAAAAGAAAAAAGAAAAGCUUAACAAUUCGCGCUCUAUCUAUCUAGUCCUUCUGAUUUUAGUAACAUACAAUGGUAUGGGCAUUGUUUCCCGCCGAUCCUCUCUCAGGUGAAGAAAGAUAUUAUAUUUUCAAGAAAGGAACUUACAAAGUUGGUAGAAAAGGUUGUGAUGUAAUAAUUAAUAAAGAUAAAGGAGUUUCUCGAAUUCACUCGGAGAUAAUUGUUGAUGAAAUGAUAUCAGUGAACAACUCUGACCGGAAUUCUAGAGUUCGGGUGAGAGAUUGUUCAAAGUAUGGGACGUUUAUUAAUAGGCAUCUUGAAUCAAAACAAAAGGUUCAUGACUUUCCUAACAAAGAAGCUACUUUAAAAGAUGGGGAUAUGGUUUCAUUUGGAACCGGUAAUGCAACUUACAGGUUUUCUUUUGUUCCAUUCACAUUUUUUAUUUGCUGCUCGGAAUCCAAUCAAAUGGAUGAUACCCUUCGAGAAAAAGUUUCAUCGAUUGGUGCUCGUAUAACUGAACAACUGAGUGACGAGUGCACGCAUAUGCUUGUUCUUCACCAAAUGCCAAUGAAAGAAAAUGCUAUUGAUGCUAUUGUGGCUAAGAAACCUGUUGUUCUCCAUAGUUGGGUUGAGUUGGUUGCAGAAAAAGGCAUUGUUUCAGAAAUUCCUAGCUGGAAUCUCUACAUUCCAACAUUAACGGUGGAAGGAGUACCAGUUAAAGUUGUGGACUCUGUAACUCGGGCAAACUGUUUGAAGGGAUAUACUUGUCUCCUGGAAUCAUCAAAUAUGUAUAAGUUUGGGAAGAGGUUGCAGGCAAUGUUGCAAGUAGGGGGUGCAAAUGUUAUUUCCAUUGAAGAAUUUUAUUCCAGUAGCCAAGGAUUAGAUAAUAAAGAAAACUCUCGAAUGGUCUGUGUUAUCCCUCAAGGUUCAGCUGACAAGUUUAGUCGCUUCAGCAAACUUUCAUUAUCUCGAGUGAGUGAAGUGGAUCUGUUUUGUGCUGUUGUAUCUGGACACUUAGAUUCAUCUAAGCUGAUACUACCAACUGUGGUUAUUUCAUCAUCAUGUUCAACGGAUGAGACAAUAGUGGCAGAUUCGGAUGAAGAAAUGGAAACAACAUCAAACUAUGACACAAUCAAUGUUAAAAGUGAAAGCCCUAAAUUUGUUAACAAAGUUGAAACAUCCCCUGUUCAAAAAAAAUUUGAAAUAUUCCCAGCUCAAACAAAAGCGGAAACAUUACCGUUUCAUCACCCAUCUACUAAAUUGGAUUAUAGCCAUGUAGUGAGCUCUAUGGACAAUAAGGGUGCGAUGACAGAAAAAGGGGAGAAGAUGGAUGAGCCUGAAAAUGCAAAUUCUGAUAUUAUUUACAGCCAGGACCUAAUUAUUAGAGAUUGGCAUUUACCUGCCACAAUCAGUUCUACCAGAGAUGAUCGAGUUUUGGAUUUUAAGCGCUUCAAAAAGAGAGAUGCUCAAUCAGGGAAUAGCUUCAACAAUCUAAUCCCGUUUGCAAAAUAUCCCUACAAAGAUUCUGAUUACGGUAAUCAGGAUAUGGUAGACUCCGUGAAAGAAGAGAAAAAGCGGAAACAGAUGGAAGCUGUCGCAGAGGAUUUAUUCAACAGUGAAAAGGGAAGGCGACGUGGUGUAGCUGGUUCCCUUCAUUCAAUUCUUUCUCGUGGGUAAACAACAUUAAGGGGAAACUGGAUCAUCAUCUCAAUUUUCAUUCUCUAUUUGUUAGUGAGUGUUCGUUCCUCCUCCUGAUUUACUGUUUGAUUCAGCUGCAUUUUAAACAAAGCUCGAAAAUGUUGAAUUUCUAGUAGUGUAGUACUUGACGCUGUUAUAUCAGUUGUACAGAUAUUUUGUUUUUAAAACUGUCACUUUAGAAAGUUAA